UUGACCAUGACCAUGGCGGCGCCGCUGGUGGAAUAAGCGGCGCCGCUGGUUCUCUGCAGCUCGCGUCUAGGGCUUUUAUGGCGCGGCCAUCGCCGUCGUCCUGGCGGUUCUUGCGCCUUGCGUACUACAUCCGUCGCCCCUGGAUCGUGGCGCUGAUGCUCGUCGUGCUGCUGUGCACGACAUUUAUCAUCUGGGAUCGCCGGUCGCUGCGGAGUCCGGACGAUACCUCCACUUCGGAAGAGGAUUUCUUCGAGUUGCAGAGAGCUCGUCCUAAGAACACGAAAGAAGCUUUCGAGAGAAAGCCGCCGAGUGUAGUCAAAGAUGAGAUACUUGACGAGACUACCGCGGAGAGAAGGGAGAAAGUUAAGCAGGCUAUGCUUCACGCGUGGAAUUCUUAUGAAAAAUAUGCCUGGGGCUACGACGAGCUACUGCCGCUAUCAAAGCGCGGAGCAAAUGACUUUGGUGGUCUUGGUGCUACUAUUGUGGAUUCGCUUGAUACGCUUUACAUCAUGGGAUUCAUGGAUCAGUUCAAUAAAGCUCGAGACUGGGUAGCCAAGCUUGACUUCAACAGAAACUACGAGGCCAGCAUGUUCGAGACGACUAUCCGAGUUGUGGGUGGUCUUGUAAGCGCCUACGACCUAUCAAAUGAUACUGUAUUCUUAAACAAGGCGAGGGAAAUCGCCGAUAGAUUACUUCCGGCAUGGAAUACCCCUACCGGUAUACCUUACACAACUGUUAACUUGGCUUCUGGCGAUUCAAGAAGUCCUGGCUGGACUUUGGGAGCAAGCGUAUUGGCGGACCUUGCGACGGAACAAGUUGAGUUUAUUGCACUUAGUCAAAGAACUGGAGAUCCCAAAUAUCAAGAAAAGGUUGAAAAUGUCAUCAAAAAAAUCAAGGAGUUCUUUCCGCAAGACGGGCUUGUUCCUAUUUAUGUCAAUCCUCAUACUGCUAGUGCGAGUAACAGGAUAACUUUUGGUGCGAUGGGAGACAGCUUCUACGAGUACCUCUUAAAGGUCUGGGUUCUGGGAAAUAAAACACAGGCUGUUCAGCAUUACAGGGACAUGUGGGAACAGUCCAUGGAAGGGUUGAUGAGCUUGAUCCGCAAAUCAACUCCUUCGUCGUACACUUAUAUAGCGGAGCGUUACGGUUCUGGCGGUGGAUACAUCGACAAAAUGGACGAGCUCGCAUGCUUUACGCCAGGCAUGCUUGUGCUCGGAUCCAACGACGGCCCGGAUGAGAAAAAAACCAAAUACCUGGACCUUGCGAAAGAGCUAGCUCGGACAUGUUAUAACUUCUACCGUUCUACACCAACUGGUCUUGCUGGCGAGAAUUAUAACUUCAUUUCUGGCCAGGAUAUGAGUGUUGGCACGGCUUGGAACAUUCUAAGACCAGAAACUGUCGAAUCUCUUUUUUACUUAUGGCGAAAGACCGGAGAUACAAAAUACAGAGACUGGGGAUGGGAUAUAUUCCAGGCCUUCGAGGCUCGAUCGCGAGUUGACACUGGAUACGUCGGGCUUAGAGAUGUUCGUAGCGGCGAGAAAGAUGAUAAGAUGCAAAGUUUCUUCCUUGCCGAGACCCUCAAAUACUUGUACCUUUUGUUCUCUCCAUCCAGCGUCAUUCCUCUCGAUCAAUGGGUUUUCAACACCGAGGCUCACCCGAUUAAAAUCGUCCAGAGAGACGGCGGCGCUCCUGGAAGCUCGGAAGAUUUUGUCAAGCAGCAAAUACACCGGAAGCAAAGGCUGGGGAGGCUCGGCGGCGACUCAAACAUCGCGCGACAGUAAAAGCAAAGUUUUGUGUCCACUAACGUUAUAUUUCCCAAAGGUCUUUACUUAAAGGUGAAAGCCUAAUGUAUAAAGAUCCUAUUUAGGGCAUAUUCCAAGGU